AUGCAAUUCAUUAACGUCGCUUCUUUAUUAGCUUUAGCUUCAUACGUUGUCGCUGACUCAGAAUCAUUUGGUUUACUUGUUAUCCGUUCAGGUUCAGCUUAUCAAAACUCUGGUAUUACCAAAGAUGGUGAUAUCUUAGCUGUUGGUGGUUCAGAUUACGUUGAAGGUGUUAUUGAUGAUGAAGGUCACUUCAAAGUUGGUGACAAAUACGUCUCAAGUAACAAUGGUAAAUUCAUCGUUGGUGACAGCAAAGAUUCAGAUUUCGCUAUUAAAGAUGGUUACUUAACUUUCCAUGAUUCUCAAGGUUUCACUAUCAGUGACUCAACUUCCCGUUUAUCUUUACCAGUUGGUGAUGAUACUACUUAUGCUUUAAAGGCUAUUUCAAAAGAAGGUCAAUCAGUUUCAGAUUUCUCUCCAUCAGGUAAAAAAUCAGAUGAUAAACCUGCUUCAAACAACACUUCAAACACCUCAUCAUCAAUUGUUCCACCAAUCUACACUCAAACUGAUAACGGUGCUGCUGGUAUGGCUAAAAUUGGUUUAGGUGCCGGUUUAGCUGCUGUUGCUGCUUUAUUAAUCUAA